UUAAAAAUUAGAGGGAAAGUGCAUGUGUAUCGCAGUCUUUGAGCUAGUAACUGUCAAAAAAGUCUUCCGUUUUGUCAAGUGACGCCAUUGUGAGCCGUAACGACUUUUGUCUGCGGAGAGUUAAAUCUCAAUUUUCUUAGACAAUCUUGGUAAAGAAAACAUACAUAAUCCAUAAAAAUGGCAGAUGAUAUGCCCACAUUCAAGUGCGUACUUGUCGGUGACGGCGGUACCGGCAAAACAACAUUCGUCAAACGACAUCUCACUGGAGAGUUCGAGAAGCGAUACGUCGCUACCUUGGGAGUUGAAGUUCACCCGCUAGUAUUCCACACCAACCGCGGCCCUAUCAGAUUUAACGUAUGGGAUACCGCUGGUCAAGAGAAAUUCGGCGGUCUCAGAGACGGAUAUUAUAUUCAAGGACAAUGUGCCAUCAUCAUGUUUGAUGUAACCUCCAGAGUAACCUAUAAAAACGUUCCCAACUGGCACAGAGAUUUAGUUCGUGUAUGUGAAGGCAUUCCUAUAGUACUAUGUGGAAACAAAGUUGACAUCAAGGACAGAAAAGUUAAAGCAAAAACUAUUGUGUUCCACCGGAAAAAGAAUCUGCAGUACUAUGACAUCUCAGCCAAGUCAAACUACAACUUCGAGAAGCCCUUCCUUUGGCUAGCAAGGAAGUUGAUUGGAGAUGGCAACUUAGAGUUUGUGGCCAUGCCUGCCCUGUUGCCCCCAGAAGUCACAAUGGACCCACAAUGGCAGAACCAGAUUGAAAAGGAUCUCAAGGAGGCACAAGACACUGCCUUGCCUGAGGAAGAUGAAGACUUGUAAAUAAAAUCUUUGUAAUUUAAAUUCCCAGUGCCCUCUAAUGUUUGGAUGAAAAAAAGGCAUAAUGUGUAUUCACAUGUGUAUAGUCAUAUUUUAACUAAACUUCAUUCCAUUAGGUUCCAAGUGAUCAAGAAGUACACUAAUCAGAUAUAAAAUUACCUAACAUCUUCACUUGCUUUUAGUUUUAUGCAUAUGCAAAAAGCAUUUCCUGAUUACAUUUAUAGGUAUUUAUUUUAUAUAAGAUCUAAACUGUAUUAGGCUCCAUCUGACUGUUUCAUUAGAGCUGAAACUAAAGUUUGUAUUACACUAGAAAUAGAGGUUAAUCUCCUUAUUGUCGGGAGUAGGAAGUGGGUGUUGCAAAUAUUUGUACCUAUUGGAAGCUUUUAAUGUUAUUUAAGUCUUAUUGAGCAUGUGUUAUGUAUGCAAUAGAUUUAAACAUGAGGCUCCAUGUUUGCUUUACUAAGCCAGCCUUACAUGAUUGUUUCUUUUUCUAUAAUAAUCUGUAUUUAUUGUUCAUGUAUUUUUGAAAUAAACUGUAAUAGAUUUAACCACAUUUUGCUAUGUAAUUCCAAUUCUAUCAUCCCUCAGCAGAUAAUGGCUUUUGAUGUCCACAGAUCUAAUUAACUCAUGUUUUUGUUACUUUAUAUAAGGACUGACAAUAUAAUUCACUUCGAAAUUGUGGUGAUACUUUUGAAUAAAAAUUGAAAGCAA